AUGGCUGCGAGGAAGGAUUUCGUCGGAGAUAUCAAUCCAACCAAGCUUGCCUGGUCUUUGGUUGUGGGGGUUGCUCGAUUGUAUGAGUUUCCAAGUCAGUGGAACAAGAAUGAGGUGUUUAGCUUGGAGUUGGUUUUACAAGAUGAGAAGGGUGAUAGAAUUCAUGCAACCGUUUGUAAGCCUGGGUUGGAGUUGUUCAAAAAUAGGAUAAAGGAGCAUUGUGUUUAUAGUAUGCAAAAUUUUAUUGUCAAGCUUAACAAUGGAAAGGUUAGGACAACUCCUCACAAGUACAAGCUUAACUUUUAUACAAAGACUGUGGUGGCAGCCCUACCUAUUGAGACUUUUGCUUUUAACCCAUUCAAAUUCCGUCCGUUUCAUGAACUUGAUGAAAAUGGUCCAACCGACGGAAAUUUAUUAUUUGAUUACAUAGGAGAGGUUGUUGGAAAGGAGGAGGUCAGAGGGCUGAUUACGCGCACUGGUGAUGAAACGAAGCUUAUUACACUUCAGUUGGAAGAUCUAGAAAAGUACAAAAUUAAAUGUACAUUGCUUGGGGAAUUGGUCGAUGAAGUUCUUUCACAUCUCGAGCAAGAUGAUGGGGAGCCUUUCCUAAUAGUGGUUCAGCUCUUUAAGUCCAACAUGUACUUGAAUUCUGUCAAUAUUCAAAGCACCUACUAUGUGUUCACAUGUUACUUCAAUCCAAACCUUCCUGAGGUUAUUGACUACAAGAAAAGAUUGGCAACUGAUUUUAUUUCAUGUUCACAACGAAUUAGUCAGUUGAAAACUCAACCUCAAUACUUAGUCACAGAUGAGAUCAAUGCCAGCAUUGUACCAGUGCGCACUAUAGAAGAGGUUCUUAAUAUGACUGAGAGGUUGGUAAAGAUGAUUGGUCCUAUAUAUCGUGUAAGACAUGUCCUAAGAAGGUUGUGUAGAGCAAAGAUAGGUAUUGGUGUGAUAAUUAUAGGCGUGUAG